AAUAAGUUUAACUAUAAAUCAUUAAGUCGUAAUUUUAAAUACAAACAAAAGCCAACGCGUCGUGUACAUCACACAACUAAAGACAGGGAGAUAUUGAAAGAAAGAGAGAGAGAGAGAGAAAAAAACGAGAAAGCAAGAAAUUGCUUUAAAAUGAUUAAGCAUCGACUGCUACUAAGUUUAAUUUUAUGGUGCCUUUGCGCUACCAGCUUCACGCUACGCAUACCAGAGGAUCUCGAGAAUAGCGCCAUCAAUGCGCUGCACUCGGAACGUGCUCGCUCUGUGAAGCCCUGUGGCCAGAGCGAUUCCAAUGCUGCCGCAGACUAUGAUGUCUGCCCGCCGAGCAAAUUCCGCCAGCCAACGGCCGAAUGCAACAAUGUAUCGCAUCGCAAGUGGGGCGCACGCGGCGAUGUAUUUUUGCGUCUGCUACAAGCGGACUAUGCUGACGGCGUCAAUCAGCCCCGCAGCUCUAGCGGCACACACACCUUACCCGACGCCGAGCUGGUAAUUGAGCAGCUGCAGCGUCAUGUAGAGAGCGAGCUGCGUCACGAUCACAUCACUGCCAUGCUGCCUGCCUGGGGCCUGCUGUUGGCCAACGAUCUGUACGAGGUGGGCCAGCUGCCCAUAAGCGGCAAGUGCUGUCAACGCGAGGCCAACUCCAAGGAUCCCAGCGAGCUGCAGCAAUGCUUUGUUCGCUCCGGUACCCACUGCAAGGAGUACAAACGCUCCGCACCCGGUUUCGAUGCCGAGGUCUGCAAGAAACAUGUUCGCGAGCAGAUGAACAUUGCGUCCGCGUAUAUUGAUGGCUCUGGAUUGUAUGGCGUUACUCGUCAUGAAUUCGAUCAGCUGCGCACGUAUAUCAGCGGUGGUGUUAAGGUGGAGUCCUGUCGCUAUUGCCAGGUGGCUGGGGCCACUGGUGCACUGCAUCGUGCACUGUUGCAACAGCACAACAAUAUUGGCGAGCGGCUGGCGCACAUCAAUGCGGAUUGGUCCGAGGAGGAUGUUUUCCUGGAGGCUAGGCGUAUUAUAACCGCUACCAUACAGCACAUUACCUACAACGAAUUCUUGCCAUUGGUGCUGGGUCAGGAGACGACGGCCAAGGAGGCUCUAAGACUGACCGCCGAGAAACAUUCCACCAACUACUCCAGCUCUAUACGCGCUGGCAUCUUCAACGAGUUUGCGACCAGUGCCAUGCCUGCCUUCUGGAGCAUGUAUCCCCCAGAGAUGCUCUCCCAAAAGAGCUCCGCCCACGAGCUACUCUCGAUUGCAGCGCUGCAAAAGUCUCUGGUGCCCAGCCAGACAAAUGACGAGGGCUGGACCGAGUUGGCUCUGGCCGUGCAUCGUGGACGUGAUCAUGGUAUUGCUUCCUAUGUGCAUGGCUUGGAUAUAUGCAAUCGUCGCUUCGCACAAAGCGGCGCUGCCAACGUGACCUUUGAGAAUCUCGCAGAGCUGACCAACAUUCCCGAGGAGCAUGUGACCAAUUUGCGUGACAUUUAUCAGAACGCUGCGGAUAUUGAUCUGCUGGUAGGUGCCUUGCUGGAGGAUCCCGCUGUAGGUUCUUUGUUUGGACCCACAAUCACUUGUCUGAUGCAGCAGCAGUUUGAGCUGCUCAAGCAAACCGAUCGCUUCUGGUACGAGAAUGAGAUUCCACCUUCAUCCUUCAGUCUUGAGCAGUUGAAGAGCAUACGCCAGACGUCGCUGUCUGGUCUGCUCUGCGGUUCCCAUCAAGUCACAACGGCACAGUCCAAGGCUUUCAUACGUGAGGAUAACUAUCUGAACUCCGUUCUGGACUGCACACAGCUGCCUCAGUUUGAUCUGCGCCCGUGGAAGAUGAAUGCCGAAGAAGAGAUCCAGUUGGAGCACGUCGAAGUGGAACCCGACACCAAGGAAGCCAUGAGUGAGCUGAGUCCACAGCUGAUUGAAGCUGCCGUCGAGCGCGCCAAGCUGGAACUGGAGGAACGCAAACGUUUUGAAUACGAAGUGUGGCGUUCACAGGGCGGCAUCAGUGCUCGUUCACCCGAUGGUACCGCCGCUUCUUUCAGCAAGGCCAAUCGGGCUGCCCUGAUUAUGGCGAACUCCUCCUUGAUCUUUGAGCUCGCGUCCAAUGAGAUUGUCAAGUCAUUGAACACCAUAACGCGUCACAAGCGUCAGAUCUUUAAUCCCAAUCAGAAUGCCUUCAAUCGCAACGAACUGACUGAUACCCUGCAAACGGUGGAUAUUAGUUCACUGAUUGGUGCAUCUCUGCAGGCACUGGACUCAUGUCCAGAGCCCUCACAACAAUGUGAUGCAAACACGCCAUUCCGUACGCUCUCCGGACGUUGCAACAAUUUGCGCAACCCUAAUUGGGGAAAGUCCUUGACGACCUUCUCACGUCUUUUGCCCGCACAGUAUGAGGAUGGCAUCUCCGCGCCCAAGAUAACCGGUGUGAAUGGCACCCCACUGCCAAAUCCACGUACGAUCUCGACAGUUAUACAUCCGGAUAUUUCGAAUCUGCACACACGCUACUCACUGAUGGUGAUGCAGUUUGCCCAGUUUCUUGAUCACGAUGUGACACUAACGCCUAUUCACAAAGGUUUCCACGAGUCUAUACCCAGUUGUCGAUCCUGCAACUCCCGCCAGACGGUGCAUCCCGAGUGCAAUCCGUUCCCGGUGCCAUCCGGCGACUUCUUCUAUCCCGAGGUAAAUGUAACAAGUGGCGAACGUUUGUGCUUCCCCUCGAUGAGAUCCCUGCCCGGCCAGCAGUCGCUCGGACCGCGUGAUCAGAUCAAUCAGAAUACCCACUUUUUGGAUGCUUCUAUGGUGUAUGGCGAGAAUAUGUGCAUCGCGAAUAAAUUGCGUGGCUUCUCCGGCAGAUUGAACAGUACGGUGCAUCCGGUGCGCGGCAAGGAACUGCUUCCAUUAAGCGCCACACAUCCCGAGUGCAAAUCUCGCAACGGUCUUUGCUUCAUUGGCGGCGAUGAUCGCGCAUCCGAGCAACCAGGUUUGACUGCCAUCCAUACAGCGUUCCUACGCGAGCACAAUCGUGUCGUCGAGGGUCUGCGCGGCGUGAAUCCACACUGGAACGGGGAGCAGCUGUAUCAGCAUACCCGUCGUAUCAUCAGCGCCCAGGUGCAGCACACAGUGUUCAAUGAGUUCUUGCCCCGCAUUCUCAGCUGGAAUGCUGUCAAUCUCUAUGGCUUGAAGUUACUGCCACAAGGCUACUACAAGGACUACAAUCCAUCGUGCAGUCCAAUUGUAUUCAAUGAGUUUGCUGCUGCUGCUUUCCGCAUUGGCCACUCACUCCUCCGUCCACAUAUUCCCCGGCUCAGUGUCCAGCAUCAGCCUGUGGAUCCACCUCUGCUGUUGCGCGAUGGCUUCUUCCGCAUGGACAUCCUGCUCCAGCCAGGCAUUAUUGAUGAGAUUCUGCGUGGUCUAGUCGCGACGCCCAUGGAAACACUGGAUCAGUUCAUCACCGGCGAGGUGACGAAUCAUCUGUUUGAGGAUCGCAAGAUUCCCUUCUCCGGCAUUGAUCUGAUUGCUCUCAACAUUCAACGCGCUCGUGAUCAUGGUAUUCCAUCAUACAACAACUAUCGCGCUCUGUGCAAUCUGAAGCGUGCAUCCACCUGGACGGAUCUGAGUCGCGAAAUACCUACCGAAGUCAUCAAUCGCUUCCAGAAGGUCUAUGCUAGCGUGGAUGACAUCGACCUAUUCCCUGGCGCCAUGACAGAGCGUCCGUUGCAAGGCGGCCUCGUUGGACCCACGCUGGCAUGCAUCAUUGGAAUUCAGUUCAGGCAGCUACGCAAAUGCGAUCGCUUCUGGUAUGAGAAUCAAAAUCCGGAAGUCAAAUUCUCCGAGGCUCAGCUGGCUGAGUUACGUAAGGUUACGCUGGCCAAGAUCGUCUGUGAGAAUCUGGAGAUUCAGGGCGAUAUGCAGCGUGCCGCCUUUGAUUUGCCCAGCAAUUUCCUUAAUCCACGAGUGCCCUGCCAGUCCAUGCCACAAAUUGAUUUGAAUGCCUGGCGCGAGAAUGUCCAAGGCUGUCAAAUUGGCAGUCGCAAUGUGCGGGUUGGCGAAUCCGCCUUCCCCUCACCCUGCACCAGCUGCGUCUGCUCCGCUGAAGGCCCCCAGUGCGCUUCGUUGCGCAUCACGGACUGCGGCCAGCUGAUCCGUCAGUGGCCCAAGGAUGCCAUUCUGCGCGAUGAGGUGUGCAAUUCACAAUGCGGCAUCUAUUUGACCGGGCAACAGGCUUCGGGCUUUACUCCACAGCAGCGACAGGGACAUGCCCAGUCGCGUGUGACUCGUUCCCGGAAUCAGAACCUCUUCAAGUUCCCCGACUUGACGCCGUUCAUCGCAUCCUUGUAAAUGAGGUGACCAGAGAAAGCCGGCUUUCCGUACAUUGUUUUGUAAAUAACUUUUGCGUUCUUUAGUUUCUUAUAUUCGCUUACCCGAAGAAGACUUUUCCGAAGCAUAUACCCUAAUCUUAGAUACUAUUCAAACUAGAAAAAGAUAUCCAACCAAUUGCAUUGCUCGUGAAUCUUCGCAAAUUACAAAUUCUUGUUUCGGCACCACCCAAAUAAGUGAUUCUAUUGUAAGUUAAGCGACAACUAAUUAGCAUUUUUAUAUUUGUAUGUAAUAUAUUUUUUACCUAAA